UUACUGUUUUUUCCUCGUUGGAUCAUCUCUCAUUACCUACCCAAGUUUUUCCCGGCGACUUUUGGUUACCGUCAAUGGAUUCCGACGUGACGAUGGUUCUCGCCAGUGACGCAUCGAGUCUUCCCGGACCUUCUUCAUCUUCUCCUGUGGCAUCUUCUUCUUCAAAGAAACCGAAGCGUUUCGAAAUCAAAAAGUGGAACGCCGUCUCUCUAUGGGCUUGGGAUAUCGUGGUUGACAAUUGCGCGAUUUGUAGAAAUCACAUCAUGGAUCUAUGCAUCGAGUGCCAAGCUAAUCAGGCCAGCGCCACCAGCGAGGAGUGUACUGUGGCUUGGGGUGUCUGCAACCAUGCUUUCCAUUUCCACUGCAUCAGCCGCUGGCUGAAGACUCGUCAAGUUUGUCCUCUAGAUAAUAGCGAGUGGGAGUUCCAGAAAUACGGGCACUAGAGAAUGGUAUCGGGCUAGGGACAUUCUUACUGUCGAUGGAAUUCCGCAAACUAAGGUAAACAUGGAACAAAGAGACACUUAUGUUAAUUUCGUGUUACGAGUUUCUGGAAAUUAUAAGGAAUUAUAAGGAAAGACUCUGGGAUCGUGUUCGUUUCUUAAAGUUAUACUGGAAUAUCGUCGGAACGUGUAUCAUGUUCUAUGAUUACGAAAGUAUAUUUCUUAGAUGGAUUUGGUGAUUCUUCUUUAGUGUUUGGUUAAACGAUUGAGGGACUUGUUCAAUUUAAUCCUUGUCCAAAUUGUUGUG